AUGCCAGAACUCUGCGGCUGUUUGGACUCGUCAGAGGCACAUGUCACUACCCAAGUCGCUUCAGAUCCCGGGGCAGGGUUUGCUCGGGAGUCCGAUAGCCAGCACCCUCCUCGGUAUGACUCUGUCGACGUUGGGUAUACCCCUGUGGUGCCGCUUCCCCUCUACACUGCGCGACCAAUGAGCAUUCACGAAAAGACCCUCGAGAACAACCCGCACCCCACGAGGUCUGGCUCGUUCAGUUUCGCCGACGAGAAGAACAGACAAGCCUUUGAAGCGCCAGUCCAGUCAAAUAGCACCGGAAGCAGCAGUGCAACUGUAACCGCAACCGCAACUAUGGACGAUGCCUCGUCGGCCUACUCGUUCCCCAGCAGCUUUGGGCAUACUUCCACCGAAACAAGAGAUACCCCGCCGCCACCGUAUUCCACGUGCGGGUCGUCCAUGUUCUCUCGAUCACGAGCAUCGUCUUUCCGAAGUCAUUAUCGAAAUAGCAUCUCUUCUAUUCACCACCCACAAUUCGAGCAACACCAAACAGGCGCCGAUGUCGCGGCUGCAACGAUCACGCCUCCUCCAAUGGCGCAUGUAAAUCGUCCGCCGCCUGUAUUUGUGCCGGCUGCAAUUCAUCACCAGCCUAGACGGUCUCGUGACGGUCGUUGA